CUUAAAUUCGCCCUCAUCCAUCGCGACUGACUGCUCAGUGCUCCCUCUUUCCAUAAAGACUCCACAAUGACGUACGUGUCCAUCCUCCAUCCAUCCACUCCAUCCAUCAGUCACACCCCCGUCCACCCAGAGGCUACGCUCGUGUGAAGACACACUCAUCAGUGAGUGCAUUGAGACAAAUACAUACAGCUGACCCUCCCUCUCGUCGUUUGCGGAAGCCAGCACAUCCAUCCAUCCAUCCAUCCACACUAUCGCAUUACAUUUGGGUUCCAGCUCGUGGCGGCACGAUCACCAGACCUAACAGGACCCCGGGGCCCACACAUACGCAUCCACCAGAUGGAAACGAAUGUCAUGUGCUGUUUGUUGUGAUAUUUGUGGUAUACAUACCUGCCUCCCCAUCCGCCUCCCCCGCCCCGUCCCCCUCGCCCCCCACGGCCGCCACGACCGCCACCACGGGUGUCGUGGCCACCUGCACACACACACACUCACACACGAAAAGGAUCUUCUCAUACUUAUGGUUUGGUCUGGCGCCUUCCCCUCCUUGUACCUCCGUGCUGCUGGUACUGCUGCUGGUAUUGCUGCUGCUGCUGCUGCUGGUAACCCCCCGGCUGCUGGUACUGGUAUGCAGCCUGCUGGUCCCAGGCCUGCUGCUGGUGGUAGGCUGGCUGUUGCUGAUACUGGUAGCCUUGCUGGUGCUGCUGGUAUUGGUGUGCUUGCUGCUGGCCCCACUGGCCACCGCCGCCUCCCCCUCCUCCAUAUCGUCCGCCGCCUUGGUCGUAGCUGCCACCUCCCCCACCAUACCUGCCGCCCCCCUGGUCAUACGACGCAGCUGCUGCCGGUGCACCACCGCCUCCGCCGUAUCGCCCGCCCUCAUCAUAGCUCCCCGAUGAGCCGUAUCGGCCUCCCCUGCCCCCUCCUCGUCCGCCUCCGCCGUAUCGGCCGCCGGCUUGGUCGUAGCUCUGGCUCUGUUGGUAGCUGGGCUGCUGGUGGCCACCACCACCACCACCACCACGGCCGCCGUAGCGCCCGCCGCCCGACUGGUCGUAGCCUCCGCUGCCCACUCCCUGGCCGCUGCCCGUCCAGCGCUUUUCGCCGUCCUGACCUGAGGCACGCUCCGCCUGGGCGCUGAGCGAGAGGAGAGGAAAGGGCGAAGGAUACAAAUGGUGUCUGUGAGGGUGUUCCGGGUGGAUCCAUGUCUCACCGUUUCUUGGCCAUGGCCUCGCGUUGGUCUUUCUGCUGCAGGGCGAUGUUGGCCUGCAGGACAGAGUGAAGGGACAUGGUAUGGUGUCGUUCGUGUGUGUUGGAGGGGAGCCAGAUGCAUGGCUGUGUGUGGCGGGUGUUGUAUGUACCUUUGCGACAUCCCUGCCGACAUCCUGGUGUGUGUAGCCCUCGGGCACUCCGCCACGAUCUGGCACCUGCAACCAUACCACACACCCACUCUCCUGUGGGCCCAUCUGCUGCCUGUGCGCCUGCUCACCUUGCCGAUGGACACUGUCUUGAGUUUCGACUUGACGGCAUGCUCGGUCGACACGCUCUUGGACUCCAGCAACGACCUGCAGACACCCACACACACGAACAAGGGUAAGGUAUUGCCUUUCUGCAAUCCGUCCCUCCGUCCGGCCAUGUGAAGCGUACCGUACCUGUCGGCGGCGAGGACGUCCCAGAGAAAGAACUUGGUGUGAGUGACUUCAUCCUUCCACUCAACCAUGUCCUGCAGUGCCUUGGUCAGCGCAUCCUCGUACUCCUGCGCCUUGGACGACCACAGAAACGCCUAUAACAGCCACACACACACACACAGACAUGGUGGAAGUGAAUGUGGCUCUCUCUCUCUGUGUGUGUGCGUGUGUGUGUGCGUGUGUGCCUGUAUGGUGACAUCCAGGCGGCGCAGGAGGACUUUGCGCCGCAUCUCGUAUUCCUCGUUGAGCGACGUCGCUAUCUGUUGGACUUGUUGCUGAAGAGGGCGACAACAGCUUCAUCACAAUGCCAUGCCGUGCGAUGCAUUCGUUCACUAUGUGUUUUCGGCUGGCUGACCAUUUUGGAUGGGUCAGCCUUCCACUUGGGCAGCAGCAGGUGGUGGCUGGGCAGCUUCUUGAUCUUGUCGAGAUCGCUCUCCAGCUGAGCACAGACAGAUGCCAGCCAGUGUUCGGUGUGCUACUGACAGAUUGGCCCGAUACUCCUAUGCCAUGCAAUCUGCCUCUCGCACAGCUGUCGGUAUGCGGUGCGUGUAGCAGAAGCCCAGCAGCCCCUCUCGCGAGCUCCCUUCUUAUACACCGUUGCUCUGCCUGCGUGUCCGUCCCUCCCUACGACCCACCCACCCCCGCUGACCUGGUCAGCGACCUUGUGCAUGAGUUUGCCGUCGAUUUUGAGGUCGCCCUCGGUGUCUGUCAUAUCACCCAGGCCCUCAAUCAGACCACGCACAGUCUUCUCGAUGUCCUCGAGAGCUGGCGCCUCCUGCAGGACAGCAAUUGACCAGUGGCUGACGUGCUCUCGCUGGUCGUGUGUGUCGUACCGUUGGCAGCUCGAUGGUUUCGUGUAGAAUGCGGCCGGCGCCGAGGCGACACACAUGGAGGUCGAUCAUGAUCUCAUCUGAAGGACCAACAGACAGCACAGCACCUGCAGGCAGGCUGCAGGCCUUCUGCCAGACAUCUGUUACACAGCAUGGUGGCCCGGUUCUUGAAGUCGUCGAGGGCCGAGGAGUCGGUCGGAUCGAAGCCGAGAAGGUAGCCUGAGGGAGGGAGGAAGGACGAAGGGGUGAGAAUAUAUGAGGAUGUGUUGACUGUGUAGAUCUUCUUUUGUACCUCUGUCCUUGGCGAAUUGGCACACAGACUCCAUCGUUGGCUCGACGGGAUUUGCAUCGCUCAUCUGCAUCAACAGGGACAGACAACCCAUCAAAGGAUGUCACGACUGACAUCAAUGCAGCACUGCCGUCGUGUCGUUCCUCACCUGGGUGUCCAGCUGCCGUAUCUCAUCGGCCAGCUGCACCAUUCAGCAGACAAUGCAAGCCGGCUGCAGGUUGCCUGCCACGAACAUGCUUUGCACGAGCGCUCUCACCCACCUUGUGUAAGAGGAGAGGGAAGCACCCAUCAGAGAGCAGCAGCAAGAUCUCGUGGCUCUGGUGCGCCUUGACAGGCCUGAAACAAAGCAAAGGCAAACAGGGCUGGCUUGUCAUGGCGCCUUCAUUGCUGUGUCCGCUGGUGGUGUUGGGAGUGCUCCUACCUGCCAUUGAGCGUGGUGACCAGCGUGCCGAAGCACGAGUGGAGCUCAUCCGCUGGAAUGGGAAGCGCCAUGGCGAGCCGAGUGUCAAACUCGACGGAAGCGCGGCAGAUGUCGAGGCUCUUUCUCUGGAGAAGCAAAAAAGCUCGCCUCA